ACGACUUGGACGUCCCACUGUGCCCGCGCAGGUUGCGCGCAGGCCUGCAGCGCGCCUCCACCCGUCUCCCACCGGUGCUCGCCGCCCGCCCACGCUCGCCGCCCGAGCCGCGGCUAAAUUGGACGAGGCAGCGUCAUCCGUGAUCGCCCGAUGACGUGCGUGCACCCACUCCUCCCGCGGGGACGCCCUCCGAACGACCCCGCCCGCGCACAGAUAUCUCGCCCAGUCGCCUCCUCGAACGCCCCGCACUAGCCACUCAGCAGUCGCGUAACCGCCGCGCUCUCGUUGGCUGAACGACCCGACUCGACCUGCCCCGACAUGCUGCGCUCGCAAGUCGUCUGCGCUGCCCGUGCGCCCCGCAAGCCUGCCGUCGCGCUCGUGCGCACGGGAGGAAAGCGCGACUUCAACGCGUCGGCUGCUCGAAGCCAGCAGCACCUCAUCAUCCUCGGGUCCGGAUGGGGUGGCUACGAGCUCCUGCGCGGGAUUGACAAGAAACGCUGGCAUGUCACCGUCGUCUCGCCCAACAACUACUUCAACUUCACGCCGCUGCUCGCAAGUUGCUGCGUUGGUACGCUCGAAUUCCGCUCGGCCAUCGAGCCGAACGCGUACCAGGCGUGGUGCGACCACAUCGACUUCAAGAACAAGACUCUAACAUGCAUGCCCGCGACCCCACCCCUCGCCUUCCACACCCCGUCCCCUUCCUCCACCUCAACACCGCCCACCCCCUCGGCCCCUCCCGCCCCAUCGCCGUCCGCAGAGAACGCGCCGCACAAAGCGGCGAACGAGCGGCUCGGCGCGCGCAACCCGGGCACGGCGCCGUUCACGCUGCGCUAUGAUCGCCUCGUCGUCGCCGUCGGGGCGUACAACAACACGUUCAGCGUGCCGGGGGUGAAGGAGAACGCGUAUUUUUUGAAGGAUGUCAGGGAUGCGCGGGCGAUCCGGGCGCGGAUCCUCGAGUGCUUCGAGCAGGCGCACCAGCCGACGAUCACGGACGACGACCGCCGGAGGCUGCUGCACUUCUGCAUCGUCGGCGGCGGCCCGACCGGCGUCGAGUUCGCCGCGGAGCUCCAUGACCUGCUGCACACGGAGGUGCAGCGCCACUUCCCGGGGCUGCACCGGUUCGCGCGGAUCAGCCUGUACGACGUCGCGCCGACGAUCCUGGGCUCGUUCGACCAGGGGCUGCAGAGCUUCGCCACGCAGAAGUUCCAGCGCGAGGGCAUCCGGCUGCUCACGACGCACCACGUCGAGCGCGUCGAGCCCGGCAAGAUGUACGUCAAAGAGCAGGGCGAAGUGUACUUCGGUCUUCUCGUCUGGAGCACGGGUCUCGCGCCGAACCCGCUCGUAGAGAGCAUCACGGAGAUUGAGAGGGAUCCUAAAACAAAGAGGUACAAUCACGGGCAACCCGACCCGAACGUGUGGGCUCUCGGCGACGCGGCGAUGAUCAAAGAGAUGCCCCUCCCCGCCACCGCCAAGGCGAAGUACCUGUGGAAAAAGCUCAACGCGCUCGCGAAGGACCGUCCCGCGGCGGAUCCGUUCCGGUUCCACAACGCAGGCUCGCUCGCGUACAUCGGCGACUGGCAGGCGGUGUACGACCGCACGCGCACGGAGAAAGCGAAGGGGAAGGAGGCGGGGCGGUUCGCGUGGCUGCUGUGGCGCUCGGCGUACUUCACGAUGACGCUGAGCUGGAAGAACAAGUGAGUCGCUCGUUCGUUCGCUCUCUCGUUCCUCGGGCUUCGCGCCCCUUCUGUUCGGCUUCUGUGACUGGAGAGGGUGAAGUGGUGCUGACUGAGUUCUGUACCUCGCGUUGCAGGAUUCUCGUGCCGUUCUAUUGGUUCAUGAAUUGGAUCUUCGGCCGGGACAUGAGCCGCUUCUAAAUGGGUCAGCACUGGUGCGGUAGGUGUGGGAUGGUGGGACGUGGUGGACCGUUGAUGCCAUACGGGCUGAAUAGAGAAGCACGAGGAUCGGACGUGACGAUCGGAGGAGGUGGAAGGUGGAUGGACCGAUGACAGGUGAG